UAUUCUACCACACACCAUGGCAUUUAAGGUAUUUGCACUCGCCACCCUUGUGGCCGUUGCCUUUGCCCGUGCUCAGUAUACACCGGCCUAUGGCUAUGGCGCCACAACGCCCGCUUCAGGACCUGCCAAGUACGACUUCAACUACGCCGUCAACGACCCACCAUCUGGCAACGACUUCGGUCAUCAGGAAGCCCGAGAUGGCCCUAAUACUCAGGGUUCCUACUUUGUCCUCCUUCCCGACGGUCGUCUUCAGAGGGUCACCUACAAUGUGAACGGUGAUUCUGGCUACUUGGCCGAGGUCACUUACGAGGGAGAGGCCCAGUACCCCUCCACACCACGCCCCUAUACACCCGCCCCUCAGUAUGCGUAGAUGCAGUUUGUUUUAGUCGCCACAUUGUAAAAUCUAUGUAUAUAUAUAUUAAUAAACUAGCACAUCUA